AUGAUUCGGCAUUCUGAUAAUUUGGGAGUGAGGGAGAGGCCGAAGAAGAAGUUGCUCCAAGAGCAACCUAAGCUGCCACUACAGAUGCGAGUUGGUAAAGUGUCAGUUACCAAUUACAAUAACGUGGUAGAAGCCAACUCAGAUUCAGAUGAUGAAGAUAAAUUGCAUAUAGUGGAAGAAGAAAGUGUGACUGAUGCGGCAGACUGYGAUGCCAGCGUGCCAGAAGAUGACUUGCCAACAGACCAUGCAGUAUUACCAGAAAACAGUGAAAGAGACGGGAGUACAAACAGUUGCUGGGAAGAUGAAGCUGGGAAAGAAACAAAGGAAAUCCUGGGGCCUGAAGCUCAGACAGAUGAAGUUGGAUGUACAGUAAAAGAAGAUGAAUGUGACUCUGAUGCAGAAAAUGAACAAAACCAUGACCCUAACGUCGAAGAAUUCCUUCAGCAAGAGGAUACAGCUGUUAUUUACCCUGAAGCACCCGAGGAGGACCAGAGACAAGGCACACCAGAGGCUAGCGGGCAGGAUGAAAAUGGUAAAAAUGUCACCACUUCAGUUUUUAAGUGA